GUAAUCUCGCCCACGACAUUAAACAGGACAUAUCUACGAGAAUACGACUAAGGCCUUUCCGAUAUCACGUACGCCAUAGUAAUGUUCGGCUUGCAAGAUAAUCUGGACUAAAACUGAAAAUGGAUGAUAAGGAAUUUGUGUAUUCGGCCAACUAUAAACCUUUGGAUUCAAUGAAGACGGCAUUUGAUAAAUAUGGGUAUAUUAUCAUCAGGGGUUUGCUUCAACCGGCGGAACUGCAAAAAGUUACUCAAGCAUUGGAAGAAAACUCGGAAAUACACAAACAUGCUUUUGGGCUCUCCGACGGGGAAGAUAAAAUAAGUCGUCAAUGCAUAUGGAGUCUCCCUGGUAACGAUAUCACUGGUAUGGUUGCCAGAAGCACCAGAGUUGUGAGAACAGUGGAAAAGUUACUGAGUGGCGAUGUGGCCCAUUAUCACUCGAAACUCAUCAUGAAGGAAGCCAAAACUGGAGGCAAGUUUGUCUGGCACCAAGAUUAUGGAUACUGGUACAAGAACGGUUUUGUGAAACCCGACAUGUUAUCCGUGCUGAUCGCGAUCGACCCGUGCCUCAAGGAUAACGGCUGUCUGGAGGUACUGGUGGGUUCACAUAAAUGUGGCCGUGUGGACCACAUGAUGGUGGGUGGUCAAACGGGAGCUGACCUUGAGAGGGUGGAGCUUAUUAAACUGAAAUGUCCACUUAUCUAUGUAGAGCUUGAUCCUGGCGACGCGGUGUUCUUCCACAGCAACGUUCUGCACACGAGCAGCGCCAACACAAGCGACAAGAGGAGGUGGGUUCUGAUCAGCGCCUUCAACCUCCUCUCCAACAACUCCCUCAUACAGCACCACCACCCCACCGGAACCAGGGUGCACGUGGUCGAUGAUUCGGCCAUUUUGUCUUGCACUAAUUUCACAGACAUGACUGGAAAGAGAUUUCAAGAACCGACGAAGAAUCGGGGAAUUAUUCCUGUCAGAGAAUAAGCGUUUCGUACGACGUCUGUAUGACCGAGUCAAAGAAACCGUGGCACCCAGUUAUUAAUCGGAUGUUACUUCACAUGUCUGUGAUUGUCUGUGAUUAUCUGUGAUUCAAGCAGACCAUUAAAGGCAUUUGAUAUAGAAAGAUGAAAUGAAAAUUACAUCCACUUGGAAUACUACAUAUCCCAUUUUAACUGUUAAACAUAUGUGAAUGGUUAUUAGUGUGAUAUCUUACACAAGCAGGUCAUUAACUGCAUUUGAAACACAAACAUGAAAUGAAAAUUAUACCCACUUGUGAUACAAAAUAUCACAAAAUAACCGUCAAACAUGUUUUUGUUGAUCUACUAAAAAAAAUAAAAAAUAUGACAAUUACCAGAAACUAUUUUGCAAAAGAGUUUAAAUAAUGAUUGCUUCGUUUAACAACACCACUAGAGUACAAUGAUCUAUUAAUAAUCGGUUACUGGAUGUCAAACAUUUGGUCAUUUUGCCUCUUACUCUUCAGAGAAAUUUCGCCACAGCUUUCCAUUAUCAGCAAGGUAUCUUUCAUAUGUACUUUCCCACAAACAUAUUUCUCGCUCCAGCCAGUACAC